AAACAAUUUGAAUCCUUUUUUAAAUAAGAACUAGUCAAUUUUUGCCGAGGUUCAAUAUUCUUAUUUUUUUUGGAGAAUUUAGUGUCGGGUGUUGUUAAUGUUUUUCUUAUUUCGGCAUUGAUUUUUCUACAUUUACAUACUGUAAAUUAUUUCUAAAGUAUAACAUUAAUUUUGGUUAAUAGUAAGAUAAAAUUUUUUUGCAUAACAUUGUUAGCAACACAGUUGAUCGGCUGAAUAAACUGGCCCUGUCAUGGGAAAAUCCUUAACAACAUUUUUUUCUAAUUUUUCAGUUAGGGGUGGGCUUUUUUUCCCGUUGUUUUUAUUUAUUGCCAAAUCGAGCCUCGGUGUCUUUAUAAAGUGUGCUGCUACUUAAAGAGGAGUUCAUAAAGUUCUUCUGGCUAAAGAAUUUACUAUGUACGCAUGCUAAGAAAUUGCACGCCUAAGCUAGACUUACAGCAUUGGCGUCUAGUAUCUUGAACAUUAUAUAUAACCUUUUGAUCAUACACCUUGAAGCCCGUUUGUCCAAGGAAUACUGCACCCAUCAGGAUAUUUAGGUCACACAAAGUGCCCCGUUUUCACCUCAGUAUGUUUGUUUACAUCCGAAAUUGCCUUUCCGGCUACAAAGCAAUCCUUUUUAGGGUGUUUUGUAUUUGUACUUGCUACCUGGCAUCCGAACGUAGUUUUUAGGACACUGAAAAGUUGUGCUUAUCGAGCAGUGUCCUGGUCCUUCCGCUCGAUGUGACCACACCUCUUGAUUUCUACGCCUUGAAUCACAGAGAGCUGGCGACUCUCCUCACAUGGAGGGGAGGGGGAGUUUGCUAGGAACUUGAACAACAGAGCCUUGGAUCUGUAGUCAGCACCUCUAGCCACUGAGCUAUCCUCAUACCUGGGGUGUACUGGGAUCAGUGUCGGCAGGUGAGACUAUGGUCUGCAUUUUCCAAAAAAAAUAUUUUUAAUACAAGAAAAAUGCAAAACUACGUCAAAUUUAUUCUGAACAUUUAUAAUUUACAACGAUUAAUGUUGCAAGUGCCGGACCUAUCCCUUCCUGAUCCUGCUCUUCUGUAGAUAUCUGAAGAUGCCAAUUGCCCGCACCUGCAAAUUCCCUUACCCCUUCUCAUCAUCAUGUAAUUUUUAUAUCUAAAUCUAAAUUGAUUCUUUAAAGAAAGGUUAAUACGUUCAUAUCAUUGUAAAGUUUUGAUAAAAACAAGCUUCCUCUUCUUUUCAUAACUGGCUUGUAGUGGCUGAUAUCGAUUUCCUUUGGUUCUAGCGAUAAUGCCAAAAAUCCAAUAGCGAUCCAAUUGAUCUCCCCUCCCCAUUUCUCGUUCUGUAUGGGCGAGUUGCACGUUGCACAAUGCUAUAGACUCAACGUCGAAUGAUUGCAGUAAAAUAAGCCGAAACUUUGUUUUUUACUCAAUGCAAACCGUUGAAGUUUUCCUAUUCGUUUAUUUCAUUCAUUGUGAUGUAAAAUGUGAAAUUAAUCUAGGCGGUAUCUGUUUCUUCACCGUUUUUUGACAAACAGAGCAAAUAUUGCAGGUUAAGCUUGAAGAAAUUAUAGUACAUAUAAUUGACUUGCUUAGACCAUGCCAAUCGAUUUGCAAUUCUGCUGAGUAAAGAGCAGGUGGCAGAUGUUUAAUUGGCAUCUGUGCUAUGCCAAUAAAUUGUCUGGACUUCGACUUAUUCCAGUUUUAGGGUUCAGGUAGUAGUUAAUAUAGGAAACGCAAAAGCGAUGCUGCUUUAAGAUCUGAAUCUGUAUGACUGAUUUAUCAACGAUAAGUCUGUGCAGGUAUUGUGUUAUAAGUUAUUUUCAGUAAAAUUGUUUGGAAAAAAGAGGUUUUCCGAACAUUCAGGAUCACAUAUUUGCGAAUGAUCAAUGUGUACAAACUGCCGCAAUAUUGUUUAAAGGAGCGAUAUUGCGCUUCAAGGAGGUGAGAGGUGCUACGUUUUACUGCCAGUGUGAAAUUUCAGAAGGCGUUUCCAAGACCUCAAACAUUUGGAAAUCACAUCUUGUAUGAGUAUGGCAGAUACUAUUUGGAUAAUACUUGCAAUUGACGUUAUUCCAGCCCUAUUUACCGUUAUAGGCAAUGCCGUUUUUUUCAUCACUUUUCUACGAACACGAUCUUUGCACACGCCCUCGAAUGUUCUACUCUGGUUCCUCAGCCUGAUCGACCUGGUGGUAGGAACAGUGUGUCAGCCAUUAUUCAUUUUCACUUUAUUUAAAGAGCAUGGUCCUUGCUGUACAGUUGCUGUUAAGAUAUACAACAUUGUUUUCGGUUUGACGUGCUGGAAUUCUCUUGUUUGCGUCGCACUAGUGACGAUUGAUCGCUUUCUCGCCAUCUUCUUUCCAUUUCAAUACAAGGAAAAGGCAUCGUGCAAAACGGUUGCUUGUAUCUUCCUGUUCGUCUUCGUUGUUAGCUCCAUGUAUACUGUCUUAGUGAUGAUAUUUUACGAAACAGCGAGGAUAUCUUUCAUUAUAUUCGACCUGGUAUUUCAAUUGCUGAUUCUUGCAUUGAUUUUGGCUGUAUAUGCCUCGAUAUACCGUGUGAUGUUUCGACUAAUGCGAUCCACGCAGCCACAAUGUAGGCCCAACUCGAAGUCUGUGCAACAGUCGCAGAUAGUGGAACGAAAGAAGACAAUCACCCUGUCGAUGAUUAUUGGUGCCUUUUUGAUUUGUUAUUCACCCUACAUAGCAUAUUCAGUGAAAAGUCUUCUGUAUUAUCUAGGGAAGACUGGAUUUUCAAGCAGCUUUGGAAUGUGGGCAAACUUUUUCUUCUUACUAAAAAGCAGCAUCAACCCACUCAUAUACUGCCUGAGGAGGAAUGAUAUCAGGCAAGCAGCUUGCCGAGCAAUCAAGUUGCAUACACCCAGCAGCAAUUUAAAAUCAAAAGAAACAACUUUUUGA